AUGAUGGACGCGGGAUGCGGCAACGAGUCGAAAGGCCUACUUGGACAUUGCUGCUACGGCGAUCACCCCCUGACCAGCGAGCACGACGACGAGACAGGCGACAAGCACUGUUGCUCGUCUCCGUGCCGCUGCGUAGGCAGCGAAAAGGCGAUUCACGCCGCACUCUCUGUGUUUGCGAGUUUGUCGCCGUCGUCCGUUCGACCUGCUCAGCGAUCUGUGAGACAAGAGGACUUUAUGGAGAAGACCUUCCUCACAGACGAUGGCGAAUUGCGUUCGCACAGUCUAGCCGCUGCGCUCGGCGAAGAUCGCGACCUGCACUUCGUAGAGGUCUGCACCUGCAGGCAGCCGGAAGGGCACGAGAUGCAAACGGGGGUGAGGCUUCCCAUCGAAGAAAAAGCCCGAUACGACGACAAUGCAGAAGCGGAAACCGACGUGGAGCUUGGCGGAUCUCCGCAGUCGACUGAGACGAGCGACGUGGCCACAGCCGCACCCGAGAUUCCUCGUUGGAUGCUGCAGAAACUAGCCCUCACCUUCUCGUUCGUCGCCAUCGUCUCGUGCUGGGGUGUCAUUGACGUCGGCAUUGAGGCGAUGGCCCCUGUGGGCGAUGUGAGGCAGACCUGGUUUUACGGAGCGAUGCUGGGCAUCUCCGCCUUUCUCACCCUGGCUGUGCACAUCUCCAAGCUCCCUGCAAAUGCGUUCGUUAUCGUUUUGUCGGCCGGUCUGUCUUUCUUCCUCGCCGUCGGAGGCUGGGGCUUCGUGAACUCUAUUGUCUUCUUCGCAGCGGGUGCGAGCGAGGCUAUGAAGAUCUUUUAUUUCACGUGCUUCUUUUCCGUCGCAGUUGUGUUCAUUGUGACGUACAUAUGGUUCGUCGACCCCGCGUUCAGUGUCGAUUUGAUCGGCUGCCUCUUGUGA